AUGGACUCCCUGAGCAGCAUUCGCGCCUACGGCGUGCUGGAUCGCUUUUCGUACCACUUCUGUCGCCUUGUGGACGUCAACAUCCGCGCCUACUCGGCCUUCUGUGGCCUUUUCCGCUACGUGCGUCUGGUGACCUUCUUGUGCGGCCUUGUGACUAUGGUCUGCACGAUGCUGUUCGCCGUUCUGCCCAGUCCCGAAGACUCGCAACCAGAUCCGAGCAUUCUCGGGCUCACCAUCGGUGCUGCCUCACUGCUCCUGCAAACACUGUCCUUCUUGAACCUCAUGAUGUUCUUUUCACUUCAAGCUGUGGUAGGCUUCGAGCGCUGCAUCGAGUACACUGAACUUCCGCCAGAGAGCCAAGUUGAGCCUGGCAAGAAAGAGUAUGACUUCAGCAUAAAUUCCACAAAUGCAGCAGAGUGGCCAUUGGAAGGCAAGGUAGAGUUUGUCUCCUAUUUUGCGUCGUACAAGCCUGGGGUCUUGCCGGACGUUCUCAAGGGAAUUACGUUCACUGUGCACCCUGCUGAGAAAGUAGGCGUGGUGGGUCGCACCGGUGCCGGGAAGUCGUCUUUAGUCCUGGCCUUGCUCCGUGUGCUCAAGAGUUCCCAGGGCUGCGUCCGCAUCGAUGGCCUGGACAUUGCACGCGUCCCGCUGAGGAAACUACGCACUGGGGUCACCGUCAUUCCACAGGACCCAAUCCUGGUGCGGGGCACCCUGCGUCAAAACCUGGACCCCAAAAGCUUCCACACCGACAAAGAAAUUUGGGCGGCGCUUUACCAGGCUCAUCUCGGCGAGGUCGUGUCGAAGGACCCUAAGCAGCUGCUCCUUGACACUGGACAUGGAGGCUCCAGUUUCAGCGUGGGUCAGCGCCAGCUGGUGUGCCUGGCCCGUGCCCUGCUGAGGAAGCCGCGGCUGCUGGUGCUGGACGAGGCCACGUCCCAGAUGGACGGCGACACGGAUCGGCUUAUCCAGGCAACGCUUCGGGACGCCUUCGCCCACUGCACGCAGCUCACCAUAGCGCACCGCAUACACACCAUCCUCGACUACGACAAGGUCCUCGUUAUGGGCGACGGUCGCGUUCUGGAAUUCGGACCUGUGCAAGAGCUGCUCUCCAGUCCAUCCUCAGUUUUCAGACAGAUGACAGAGGAAACGUUGUCGAAAACGAAAUAGGAAAAGAAUUAUAAUAUUUGUCGUUAUAUUAUUCCGCAAUUGUGGCGGUCUUCAAUCAAUGAAUUAUCUCGAUAGACAUACUGAAAACGGCUGGCGUGUUGGAGCGUGCAUCCGGACGUUCUUUUUAGAGUGGUUUCUUCUUCCCAGGCAGGUGCUAUGGGGCAAAAUUUAGUUCUCCGAACCGAGCUCGCGAAGCGUCACGUGUUCAAGGAUGUACAUUAUGCACAUCCUGCCGAGGCCAGACAAACAAUCUGGGCUAAGCGUCACGUGUUCGAAGACAUUCCUUACACAUCCUGUAGACAAUGA